GAUGCUACUGCUGCUACCUUCAGUGCGGCGUAGGAAGACAACCAUUGUCUAAUGCGGGGUUCAGGUGGAUCGGCAGGGCUCAUAACGGCAUGUGAGUCUGAAGUCUGUCCUUCCGGAAAACGAAGAAGUCUGCAGCAUUUCACCUCCAUGUAAAUAUUCAGAAGACCGCAGAAAUUCUGACCCGAACCCCGGGAUAAUUCUAACAAACCACGUUGUCUUUCUAUCGGGUGUUGAAGAGUAGAAUAAUGCCCAGAACGGUGGGACACUGAGGAAGAUGGGUCCUGCACCUGUUUCUGCUUGGCUCUGUGCCUAGCUAGCUCCUGGACACCAGACUGGACUGGACUGCUGCUGGAAGAAGUCCAGGAUAUUUGGUUGAUGAGGGAGGGGAAGAGGAACAGAAAACCUUGAAUUAGUUUUGUUGUUUGUCCUGUUUCUGACCCAUCACCCAAACUACCUCACUUCAACAUUCUGCAACAAUCCCCACUUCACUUGGUUUUGUAAAUGUACUAGUUCCUAGACUCCUAAACGUAUGUGCUAGGUCCCAGAUUCCUAAACCUAGGCUAUGUGCUAGGUCCUAGAUUCCUAAACCUAGGCUAUGUGCUAGGUCCUAGAUUCCUAAACCUAGGCUAUGUGCUAGUUCCUAGAUUCCUAAACCUAGGCUAUGUGCUAGGUCCUAGAUUCCUAAACCUAGGCUAUGUGCUAGGUCCUAGAUUCCUAAACGUAGGCUACAGUAUGUGCUAGUUCCUAGAUUCCUAAACGUAGGCUACAGUAUGUGCUAGGUCCUAGAUUCCUAAACGUAGGCUACAGUAUGUGCUAGGUCCUAGAUUCCUAAACGUAGGCUACAGUAUGUGCUAGGUCCUAGAUUCCUAAAUGUAGGCUACAGUAUGUGCUAGUUCAUAGAUUCCAAAACAUAUGGAUUCUACGAUAUCACCAGAACAUUAUUGUAGCCGGUUCUCUGGAUAAUAGGUGACACAUUUCCCAAUUGUUCAACUCAAUGGAGAGGCUAAGAAGAGAAUCCGGAUAGAGAGGCAAAGCUAAAGAGAAUUUGAAUAAUAUUAUUGCUGUACACUUUAGGGAAAACACAACAACAGUGUAGACUGGAGAUCAUUCCUGUCUCUCUCAGCGGUGGUGGAUUAAAAUCAACGAGAUCUAGUUGGAGGGAUUAGGGCCAGAAGGGGAAGAUGAUAAGCAGCCAGGGGAGGUGUGAAGGUCGGGCCGUGUGGCCCCUGCUAUUGACUGGGCUGUUGUUGACAGUCAUGGCCACGGCCUUGGAGUACGAAGGAGUCCCUGGUCAGUGGGCGCGGUACGGCCGCUGGGAUGCAAAGGUCACAGGCCAGCUGAGCUUCGCUCUGAAGACCAACAUCAGCAAGGCCCUGGUGCUCUACCUGGACGACGGAGGAAACUGUGACUUCCUGGAGCUUCUGAUCGCAGACGGCCGGCUGCAUCUGCGCUUCACCAUCCACUGUGCAGAGCCGGCCUCCCUGCACACGGAGACACGCGUCAACGACCAGCGCUGGCACCGCGUGCUGCUUACCCGCAACUACAGAGAGACCAGCCUGGUGGUGGACAACGAGGAGAAGGUGGCCGAGGUCAAGUCCAAGAGGAGUGAGAUGGUGGUGGCCAGUGACCUUUACGUAGGCGGCAUCUCUCCAGACGUUCGCCUAUCUGCCCUCACGUCCAGCACUGUCAAAUACGAGCCACCCUUCCAGGGCCUGAUCACCAACCUAAAGCUGGGGGAGACCCUCCCGGUGCUCCUGGAUGGCCAGAAUGUUCAGAAUGAUUUGGAAUACCUGUGCAUUAAACAGAACCCUUGCAGCAACAGAGGCCUAUGCUCCAUCCACCAGGGAGAGGUCCUCUGUGACUGCACCAACACUGGAUACAAGGGAAAGUACUGCCAUGAAGUUAUCCAGAAAGCAGUAGAAGCCGAAUCAUCGCCAUCUGCAAAAGAGGAGUCGGUAGCCACCUACAAAGGCAACGAGUUCUUCAGCUAUGACUUGUCUCAGAUGCCCAUCCAGAGCAACCUGGACGAGAUCACUCUGUCCUUCCGCACGCUGCAGAGGAACGGCCUCCUGCUCCACACCGGGAAGUCAGCUGACUACGUCAACCUAUCCCUGAGGAGCGGCGCUGUGUGGCUGGUCAUCAACCUGGGCUCCGGGGCCUUCGAGGCCCUGGUGGAGCCCACCAACGGCAAGUUCAAUGACAACGCCUGGCACGAAGUGCGCAUCAUACGCAACCUGCGCCAGGUGACUAUCUCUGUGGAUGGGAUCCUGACCACCUCCGGCUACACCCAGGAGGAUUACACCAUGCUGGGAUCAGAUGACUUGUUCUACAUCGGCGGGAGUCCCAACACGGCUGACCUCCCUGGCUCCCCAGUCAGCAAUAACUUCAUGGGCUGUCUCAAAGACGUGGUUUACAAGAACAAUGAGUUCACACUGGAGCUGUCUCGUCUGGCUGCAGAGCGGGACCCUCAGGUCAGUUUUCACGGUGACCUGACCUUCCGCUGUGAGGACGUGGCCGCCCUGGAGCCGGUCACCUUCGACACGCCUGCCGCCUACCUCACCCUGCCCAGGUGGAACACCAAGAAGACUGGCUCCAUCUCCUUUGACUUCCGUACCACGGAGCCCAGCGGCCUGCUGUUGUUCAGCUACGGGGACGGACGUCUGCAGGGCCCAGACAGACAGCCGGACAGGUAUGCCCGGGCUGAUUACUUUGCCAUGGAGCUAAUGGACGGCUUCCUCUACCUGGUGAUGGACAUGGGCUCUGGCAGCAUCAAGAUGAAGGCCAGCAACAAGAGGGUCAACGAUGGGGAGUGGUGCCACGUGGACUUCCAGAGGGAGGGGCGCAAGGGCUUCAUCUCAGUGAACAGCCGCAGCACACCAUUCUCUGCUAAUGAAGGCAAUGAGAUCUUAGACCUGGAUGGUGAUAUGUACCUGGGGGGUCUGCCCGAGGCACGCCAGCGCCUCAUCCUCCCCCCAGAAGUCUGGACGGCCCCCCUCAACCUGGGCUAUGUGGGCUGCAUGCGGGACCUGUUCAUGGAUGGGCGGAGCCGGGACCUGAGGAGACUGGCUGAGAUCCAGAGAGCCUCUGGAGUCAGCAGCUUCUGCACCAGAGAAACCCACAUUUGGUGUGUCAGAGACAUCUGUGGCAACGGUGGGCAGUGCCGUGAGGGCUGGAACCGUCAUGUGUGUGACUGCACCAGCACGGGCUACCUGGGCCCCAACUGUAACAGUGAGGCCACGGUGCUGAGCUACGACGGCAGCAUGUAUCUGAAGGUGACGCUGCGAGUGAGCAUGCACACGGAGGCCGAGGACGUGGCGCUGCGCUUUAUGUCCCAGAGGGCCUUUGGGCUGCUGUUGGCCACCACCUCCCAGGACUCAGCUGACACCCUGCGUCUGGAGCUGGACGCGGGCCGGGUCAAACUCACCGUCAAUCUGGAUUGUAUCAGGAUAGACUGUAACCUCAGUAAAGGCCCAGAGAUACUGUUAGCAGGACAGAAGCUGAACGACAAUGAGUGGCACUCAGUGAAGGUGGUACGUCUCGGGAACAACCUGCAGCUCUCUGUGGACAACGUGACUGUGGAAGGCCAUAUGGCCGGUGCCCACACUCGCUUGGAGUUCCACAACAUUGAGACUGGCAUCAUGACAGAGAGACGCUUCAUCUCUGUGGUGCCAUCCAACUUCAGAGGGCACCUGCAGGCCCUCUCCUUCAAUGGCGUGCCCUACCUGGACCAGUGUAAGAAUGGUGACAUCUCCUACUGCGAACUCAAUGCCCGCUUCGGCAUGCGUCGCAUCGUGGCUGACCCUGUGACCUUCCACAGCCGGGCCAGCUACCUGGCCUUCUCCACCCUGCAGGCCUAUGCCUCCAUGCACCUCUUCUUCCAGUUCAAGACCACCUCACCUGACGGCCUGCUGCUCUUCAACUCUGGAGACGGCAGUGACUUCAUCAUGGUGGAGCUGGUCAAAGGGUACAUCCAUUACGUGUUUGACCUGGGUAGCGGACCGUCACUCAUGAAGGGCAACUCUGAGAAGCCUCUCAACGACAACCAGUGGCAUGACGUGGUGGUCUCCCGGGACGACAACAACGUACACAUCCUCAAGAUCGACUCCCGCACCGUCACCCAGCACUCCAACGGAGCCCGUAACCUGGACCUCAAAGGGGAGCUGUAUGUUGGUGGUGUGGGGAAGAGCAUGUACAGUAGCCUGCCCAAGCUGAUCGCGUCCCGGGAAGGGUACCAGGGUUGCCUGGCCUCCGUGGACCUGAACGGGAGACUUCCUGACCUGAUGGCAGACACCCUCCACAGGGUGGGCCAGGUGGAGCGGGGCUGUGGAGGCCCGAGCACCACCUGUACAGAGGACUCAUGCCAUCACCAGGGGGUGUGUCUCCAGCAGUGGGAGGGCUUCUCCUGUGACUGCACCAUGACCUCCUACGGAGGAGCAUUCUGCAGUGACCCUGGGACCACGUAUAUCUUUGGGAGAGGAGGAGCCCUCAUCACGUACACCUGGGCCCCUAAUGAGAGGCCGAGCACCAGAGCAGACCGGCUAGCUGUGGGCUUCAGUACUCAACAGAAAGACGCCAUCUUGGUCAGAGUGGAGAGCACCAGUGGACUGGGAGACUACCUGCAGCUGCACAUAGAACAAGGAAAGAUUGGUGUGAUCUUCAACGUAGGGACAGAUGACAUCACCAUUGGCGAGUCGGCUGUCAUAGUUAGCGAUGGCAAGUACCAUGUUGUGCGCUUCACACGCAGCGGUGGCAACGCCACCCUCCAGGUGGACAACCAACCUGUCAUCGAGCGCUACCCGCCAGGGAACUUUGAUAAUGAGCGCCUGGCUAUUGCUAGACAAAGAAUCCCAUACCGACUUGGUCGGGUAGUUGACGAGUGGCUACUCGACAAAGGACGACAGCUGACCAUCUUCAACAGCCAGGCAGAGAUAAAGAUCGGGGGUCAGGACAAGGGCCGGCCGUUCCAGGGCCAGAUCUCUGGUCUCUACUAUAACGGCCUGCAGGUGCUGAAGCUGGCAUCAGAGAGUGACCCCAGUGUCCAGGCCGAGGGGAACCUGAGGCUGGUGGGAGACUCACUGUCAGUGCUGACCACUGAGACCACCUCCACCACCCCACUGGCUGUCUCCGACAUGUCCACCACAAUCAUGGAGACCACCACCACCAUGGCCACCACCACCACCCGCAGGCAACGCUCCCCCAGCAUGAGGGAGAGCAUCUCCCAGUCUCAGAACUCGGAUGACAUCUUGGUGGCGUCUGCUGAGUGUCCCAGUGAUGACGAGGAUCUGGAGGAGUGUGAGCCUGGAACAGGAGGUGAAUUAGUGUUGCCUAUAAUAACAGUGGAUUCCCUUGAGCCCCCAUCCAUCGCCACCCGUCACCCUGCUUUCCCCCCUCCUCCCACCUCCCUGUCCCCACUUGAGACCACCAAAGAGUCCCUGAUGCUGUCCAACCCUCACCCUCCCUGCCCCUCGUACCAGGAGGAAUGCAGUGACCAUGUGGAGGUCUCUGCCUUCGGUUCGGGGGAGUUGACGGAAUCAGAUGACGAGGACUUUUACAAAAACUCCCCCUUGGUCACUGACAGGACAGUCUUGCCUCCUCCUCCCCCCGGCGCGGGUGAGGGUGGGGCCCAGAAACCCCAUAAUCCCCGCCCCCCUCUUUCUGCUCCCACCACCAACCCCGACCAGCUCCACAUCCCGGCGGGCAAAAUGAACACCCGUGACCAGGUGCUUCUGCCCCCCGCCCCACCAUCAUCUCGGAAUACACCUGGACUAACUUACCCCUCCAAUUUCCCCCAUGUGCCCACAGCUGACCCUACAGCUCCCGGUGAGAAGGUCAUGCACCCCGGCCUGGUGGAUAGGAUCGGAGAGUCCAGUAGCACCACAGGGAUGGUGGUUGGCAUUGUUGCAGCUGCUGCCCUCUGCAUUCUCAUCCUCCUCUACGCCAUGUACAAGUACCGCAACCGUGACGAGGGCUCCUACCAGACGGACCAGGGACACAACUUCAUCAACAACCCAGUUGCCGAGGGCAACGGGGCCGUGGUCAAGCUAGAGAAGACACCAAGUAUAACGGCUACAGUAGCCAAGGCUGUCACCAAGGGCAACAAGAACAAACACAAAGAGUAUUACGUCUGAGAGAGGGAAGGAGAGAAAAGGAGAGCGAGAGAGAGAUAGGCUAGAGGAAAAUCAUGGAAAGGGGGUUCUCCCAAUCAAUUACAAUUCCACAUUAUCCACUAGAUAAAUAUCCCAAGUUUAGGGUGUAAUUGUUACAUUUGUGCCACAGAAACUAACAAAAAAGAAAACUUCCCAUCAGUAUUUCCACAGUUCCUGGUAAAUUAUAUUUUCAUAAUCUCUAUCACAUACCAUGUACUGUAUUAGUUAACAUACCAUUUCAUACUGGAAUAGAAGCAUAUCCAUUUGCUGUCUUUGUAUAUAGCACCCCUAUCUAUCAACUGUAUGGUUAAGGUUCACAGUGAAAACUGAGCUGAGACCGUUGUACUAUAGAAAAGACCAUUGUACUAUAGAAAAAGAUUUGCAUGAAUGUCAGUUCUCAAGAAUCUCGAGUCUCUCUGUCUUCUAAUGACGUCAGAGGUAUCAGUGUGUACCAAUUGGUCGUUAUGGUAGAUAACCACAGAGCAACCCAAUAGUGUUUACUAGAAUAAACGAAAGCCAUACCCAUACUUGGAGACUGGGUGACCCACCUUCUCUGCAGACUAGCCUACCCCAUUUUGUGUUAUCCUGCGUUAAACAAUUCCACUCAGUCUAUCUCUCUGGUUGUCCAUGGUGAAAUGUUGCUGGUUGAAUAUCAUUGAACCAUGUUUUAAGCAUGAUGAUGUAUUUAUUUCCUUAUGGAAAAUACAGGUUUUCAAAGGUAAUAUACAAUUCACAGCCUAAUUUAGCCAACAACCCCUCUAUGUGGAUGGAUGAGAUGAGCCGGAUUCUGUCUGUGUGAGGAGAGAUCUAAGAGAUCAAAGAGCUACAGUGUGUCAUUCCAUCUGGGAAGAAGCUCCUCAAACUUCACAAAUCUCAAAAAAGCAAAAUGCUACUGUAGCAAAGACAUUGCUCUGUAAACAUAUUUGUCUGUAAAGACGUCUUGGGAUUGAAAAAGCAUUGCUUGUUUGUUUGUUCUCUGGAGUACAUAGACGAACAGACAUGAAAAAUACACUUAAUGUGAGAGAUGUUCUGCCUCCACGGUUACCACUGUCAACACUCCAGCCAGAUUCCCCAUGAGGAGAAGUAGAGAGUGAAUAUGAAAGGGAGCUGCAGGACACAGAUUCACUUUUGAAUAACUUUUUCUAGUGGUUCCUGAGGGAGGGGGAGAUGCCCAACCUUGUGUCAAGAGGCUGGCUUUCCUUUCCUUCUUCAAAAUUGACAUACAAAACUGGAAAGGCACAAACAGUAGAAAAAUAUAUUUGAGAGAUAAACAAGUUUUUCCUUUGAAAGCAAACUGAACGUGUAUUCUGGUUUUUCUACCCAUUAAUAAAAUACUAUUAUGUGAGAUACAUUAUUGAAGGUUUGUGAAUUGUAAAGCUAUUUCUCAGAUAUUUAGGUGUUUCUCUUGUUAGCAUUCCUCCUUAACAAAAUAAGGAGUUCAUUUGUUUGUUACCUUUUAAUCAGAUACAGAUUUGUCUGUGAUGAGACAACAUUGUCUGACUACAGAAACCCAUUGUCAGUAUUUUCUUUUUCAAUGUUGAAUGGCAUUACAUUUCCAUUAAGGACUGGUUAGUGAUUGUAUGUAAACGUUUAGAGGGAAAACACAUAGGGUGAUGUGCAUUUUAUGUACACUGAAAAACAUGGCUCUUUUGGCUGUCGUGUUGCCAUUCUUUCUGUUGUAUUUAUGUUAACAUGUUCAAUUUCUGUGAUUUCCUCUUAUUAUUUUAUGAAGUGCCAUUUAACACUGCUCAGAGUAUAUUCCUGUCCUCACUCAAUGAUACUGUAAAGUGUUCCUGUGAAAUUAAUCUUAAUAUGUGUACAGUACAUUGACAGAGGGGAAAUACACUUGGUAAAAUACUUUGUAUA